AUGAAUAUCGAAAUUAGAAUUCCGUUUUCGCAUCCCCGGGUGGAAUAUAGCGUCAAUUCUGGACAAGGUGGGUCAAUAACUCCGACAGUGAUAUCUGGCGGUCCUCCACAGUUCGGUCAGCCCACAGUCGAGGUGCACAAGGUGCCGCAGCAGCAAAGUGGAGGUAACCAGGGAAUGCCAACUAUCACUGUUCUUUCCCCGAAUGCAGAACCAACGGUUAUCAAGCCAAACCAAGCGCCACCACCAUACCUCCAGCAACACUCUCAGCCCGAGUCUAGCACAUACGUCACAACAAGUCAAUCUGGAGGACCAGGAGGACAAUCUAGCGUCAAGACCACCACCACGACCAGGAAAACAACCGAGCGACGCGUUUACGAGGACCCCGGGAUGUCACCGGGAUCAUCGAUCUAUUCGUCCGAUCCUCCUUCACCUUCUCCGACCCUCUACCAAGGAUAUUACGUCACACCCGUUUCUCUGACGAGCCAGUCAUCAGGGCCACCGAAGGGCCUUGGUGAACGCCAGACGAGUAAGAUCGAGUACGACAGUCAACGGUUCCAGGUGACCCUUGAUGUGAGUUCAUACCGACCAGAGGACAUUGAAGUUAAGAUCAAGGAUAAUAAACUGACUGUUCGUGCUGAGCACCGUGAAGGGACACCAGAAGGCGGCUUCGUUCAAAGAGAGUACUACCGUCAGUACACCUUGCCUGAUGACGUCGAUCUGAGGUUAGUCAAAAGCUACCUGUCUGAGAAAGGCAUCCUGACCCUGGAGGCUCCCAAGCUACAGUUAGCCCAGGCCAAUGAGCGGACCAUCCCCAUCCAAGUCAGGCCACAUGUAGAGGGUUCUAGCGGCAAAGGAACACCGACUGGACCCAUUGUGGAAGAAUUCACGAGUGAUGCUGAGUCCCUCAGGAGAUCAUAAGCUCGGAAUUGCUUGAUGGACAUCUUGAAGUCACUGUAAUCUACUAAAGGCAGCUUUGGUAUUCUGAAAAUGAAAUUUGAUUAUAUUUGCGUGUGUGACCCAUAUUCAAAUUAGUUAUCUCGAUAACAUUUUGCUGUAUUUUGAGUCUUCGUUACUCCUAAAAUUGAUGACAGUUAUGAAAUUGUUUGAUAUAAAAUGUGUGCGAAUCAUAUCAGAAUAGAAAACGUACUUGAAAUGUAAUCAUGACGACAUUUUCGCUCAUCAGGAGAAGCGAUAGCACUGACAACGGAUUUCCUGUACGUCUUUAAGAGUGAUUUUGAUUUUGAUUUGUUUUAUGAGCAAAAAAAUAACAGUCUAA